AUGAGUCAAAUCGAAGUCGCAAAAUAUUUAACUGAUUACAAUCGUCAAACUAAUUAUAGCAAGUGCAAAUUAUGUGAUAAACGUGUCCAGUGGUCCAAAGAACGUCUUGCAGCACACAAGAGAUCAUCCUGUCCAAAUGCCAGUCUCGAAGAAAAACGACUGUUUUCGAAACGCAAAUCAGAAUCACCAGCACAUCCUUCCACAUCCUCUCAAAAUGAACACACUCAACCGAUGCAAGCCUCACAAGAAUUGCUUUCACAUGUAGCUGACACAACAAAUGGAGAAUGGAAGGCAGAUGUUGACAUGAAAUUAUCAAACUACUUCUAUAGAACUGGCGUUUCUCUACGACUAGUUGAAUCUGAUGCAUUCAAGGAUUUCGUUAAUGCGCUCAAUCCAGCAUACGCAGCUGCUAUGCCGAGUGCAAAGACCUUAUCAGGACCGCUGCUCGAUAUGCACGUUAAUAAGUGCUCUGCUGCUGUCGAUGAAAUCAUCCAAUCUCACGGUAAUCUAACGUUGAUGUCAGAUGGUUGGACAAACAUCAGAGGUGAUCACAUCGUUAAUUUCUGCGUGAAGGCACCGGGUCAAAAAGCUAUUUUUUAUUCAUCUAUCGAUACCUCCGGAAUUAUUCAGAACUCAGUUGCAGUUGCUGCAGCUAUCAUCCAAGUCAUCGACAAGAUUGGUUCACAAAAGUUCUGCAGCUUUAUUUCUGAUAAUGCACCUGUUAUGAAGUCAUCAUGGAAGAUAAUCAAUGAAACAUACCCACACAUCUCAGCAAGUGGUUGUAGCGGUCACGGCAUAAAUCUAUUAAUUAAAGACAUCGCCAUUACCACAGAAGCUGCAAAAACAAUCAAAGAGUCGGAAAAAAUUAUCAAGUUCAUCAAAAACCACCAUAUGGUCAAGUUGAUGUUUGAUGAAUAUCGACGUACAGCAAAUGUCACUUAA